UAUAGCUUGAUUAUUGGACGAGCUCUACCCACUUUGAGAAACUGCAUGUCUGAAGAGUGGCUUAAGUAGCUGUUCCUUUGUGGGUUUGCUAAUCUAAUUUGAUUUGAAGAUCUUUGACAGAAUUCCAUAAAGGAAAGAUGGGAGAUGUGUUAACUGAGAAGCAGAUUAUUGAGUUUCAGGAAGCUUUUUGUCUGCUUGACAAGGAUGGAGAUGGUCGCAUUACUUUCGAGGAAUUGGCGACUGCAAUCAAGUCCUUAGAGCAAAAUCCGACAGAAGAAGAAUUGCAGAGCAUGAUUAAUGAGGUAGAUGUUGAUGGUAAUGGAACGAUAGAGUUCGGGGAGUUCUUGAAUCUCGUGGCAAGGAAAAUGAAGGAAAGUGACGCAGAAGAGGAAUUGAAAGAAGCAUUCAAAGUGUUUGACAAGGAUCAAGAUGGCUAUAUUUCACCUAAUGAGUUGAGGCACGUAAUGAUAAAUCUUGGAGAGAAACUGACUGAUGAAGAGUUAGAGCAGAUGAUCAAAGAGGCUGAUUUAGAUGGAGAUGGCCAAGUUAAUUACGAGGAAUUCGUCAGAAUGAUGCUUGCUGUUUGAUCAUAUUAACAGAUCCACACAACUUCUAGCUUUAAAUAAACUUAUCAAACCCCACGUAUGGUCCUAUACUAUCAUUUCUUGCACAUCCUUUACUCCAAUUUGUACAUUCUUCUAGUAAAUAAUAAAGUGCACUAAUAGCAAUUUCACCUUGAAA